AUGAUUCCGUGUCUAAUCGUUAAUUAUUCAGGUGGUCAAUUUCAUUUCAUUUCCAUCCAAAGUCCAGAUGACGCGACCGACCGCAAAGCGAGGCGCCUGGCCCGGUCGCAUGCUGUUGCGCGGGGCCUCGAGAAAAAGCGAAAGCUUCAGCAAGAGUCGGGUCAUAAUUUCCGUGCAGUAGUAGUGUCUUUGAAAGAUGAUCCUAGCCGACCCGCGCGCGAAAGAAAACGAUGCCAGACUCUUGUCGCAUCACCACCCUCUCUCUUUGCAGAUGCGCCCGACGGCCCCGAUCCGUUCCAAUCGCUUGCUGCAGAGUCGCCAAGACUGCAAGCAUUGCAUAGUCAGCACAAGGCCCAGCGGGCGGCGGAGCCUGCCUUUAGCAUGUUAGAUGAGCUUGUGCUCCAGAACUUCCGCUCCGUUCUUCGAAAAAGGCCGGAUGAUGACGCUCUUCUAAGUGCCUUCAUGCUCACAUUCGCAUUUGCCGUCACUGCUAGCAGCAUCGCCACGGAGUAUCUCAGGUUCCAGAGCGAGGCUCUGAGUUCCAUUCGACAGAGGAUGAAUUCUCCGGAUAGAGCUACUUCGGAAUCAACACUAGGGGCCAUUCUGCUGCUCGCCGACUUAAAUGCCUCGGUGUUGACAGGGUCAAGUCGAAUUGUCGAUCACACAACCUUUUCCGAGCUUCAGUGGCGCAGAGAUCCUUUCUCCCCAGAUUUCUUUAUCCUGCCGCCUGGAUUCCGGGCCCAGUCCUACCUACUGGGCGAAGAGUUCGUUGAGGUGCUCAAGGACAUCUCUGCCUUGCAAUGUAUUCGAGACUCUACCUUUUUCGGCAGAGAGGAUGUAAUAUCGAUGGCACAUAUUGAUAACCACCAAGCAUCUAUCCAGUCGCGGCUAGUGAGCUUACCGAAUCAAUCUUCAAUCUCGGAGUGUUGCCAUUUAGCAGCAUAUCUAUGCUCGGCAAUGCUGCGUUGCAAACUUUGGCGUGCUUCAACCAUUCCCUCCCACCUUUCAUUACAGCUACUCUGCAAAUUACAACAAGCGAAUAACGAUCUCGUAUGGGAUGACCGGCCUGAUUUACUGGCUUGGCUCCUGCACAUCGGCGGGGCUUUUGCCCCUACAGGACCUAUUCGAUCAGAGUACGUGGUAUUGUUGCACUUGAACCGCAGCACCAGGCUUAGAGGGUUGUAUACAUCAUGGCCGGAAUUGCUCGCAAUUCUGAAGCAGUUCAUUUGGUCAGAAAAGGCAUUCAUGUCGCAAGUUAAGGCGUUCUGGGAAGAAAAAUCUUUGACCAUGCCUCCUCAAUCACGUCUUUUCAAGCCACUCAAGAUAGGCGAUGUGGAAGUUCAACAUCGAAUCGGGAUGGCUCCACUUACUCGCUUCCGUGCAACUGAUGAUCGAGCACCGACGCCCCUGAUGAAGGAGUACUACGGCCAACGGGCCGCUGUGCCUGGCACCAUGAUUAUCACCGAGGGAACCUUCAUAUCGGCAUCCUCCUGUGGCGGCUUCGCCAAUGCACCGGGACUUUGGCGAGAAGACCAAGUUGCUGCCUGGAGAACCAUCACCGACGACGUUCACAGCAAAGGAUGCUUCAUCUUUUGUCAGCUAUUCGCCAUGGGCCGUGCUGCAAAUGUCGAAACGGCCGAAAAGGAGGGCUUUCCCAUCGUGGCACCUAGUGCCAUUCCGAUCGAAGAAGGCGCUGCGGUGCCACAGGCCAUGACCAUCGGAGAGAUCCGGCAGACAGUCGGAGAAUUUGUAGAGGCUUCAAAGAAUGCCAUCCGGGCGGGCUUCGAUGGCGUGGAAAUCCAUGGUGCUAACGGCUAUCUCCUCGACCAAUUCCUCCAAGACGUCAGCAACACACGCCAUGACGCAUAUGGUGGGAGCGUGGAGAACCGGUCCCGCCUCCUCGACGACGUGCUCACGGCUGUCACCAACGCCAUAGGCCCACAACGCGUCGGGCUCCGUCUGAGCCCCUGGAGCACGUUCCAGGGCAUGCGCAUGGCAGAUCCGAUCCCGCAGUUCACAGAUGUCAUCGCCAAAGCCCGUCGCUCAGACAUUGCGUAUCUCCACCUCGUCGAGUCGCGCAUCUCCGGCAGCGACGACUACGAGGGCCAUGAGCAACUCGAGUUUGCCUACAAGCUCUGGGACGGCCCGCUGCUUGUCGCCGGCGGGUAUACGCCGCAGGAAGCAAGGGAACUUGUCGACGUGACGUACCCGGAUAAGGAGAUCUUAGUCUUGUUUGGCCGGCACUUCAUUGCGAAUCCCGAUCUUGUGUUUAGGAUUAGGCAGGGGCUUGACCUUCAUGCGUAUGAUAGAAGCACGUUUUAUGUCGCCGGGUCGCCGGCGGGAUAUGUGGAUUACGCCUUUAGCGACGAAUUUUUGACAGAGGAGCGCGAAAAGUCGGAUUGA